AUGGCCCCAUCCACCCAGAUAGACGAACUAGCAAGUGCCAUAGUCGCUCGAUUUCUACGGACAAAUGCCUACACCGAGACUCUGAAGGCUUUUAUCCGCGAGGCAGGUCUUGCCCCCGACGUGGGGCAGGCCUCUGGCGAUGACACUCACAAUUUGACGAUCCAAAGCUUGCUGGAGGAAAAGAAGGCAUAUGACCACAGUGUCAAUUUUGAGCGACUUAGGAAUCAGAGUAGAGAGAUUUCUGAAUGGGGACUGCCAGCACCUUCUAAACCAAAUAUUGUCUCUACUCCAACAUCUUCAAACCUACUCGCUGCAUCAGUAGAGCUUUGGCAGAAUCCUGGCCGUGAUGAAAAUGAUGUUGAUGCCGACCCCGCGGCAUCAACACGGCCGUUCAUCAUCUCCACAGGCGCUGAUAGACAGAUGCACCUGCUUGAAACUAUUUCCGGGAAUGAAGCUAUCACUUCAUUCUCCGGCCUGUCAGACUCGCCUGUACUUUCAUUCGUGUCAAUUCUCAAAGGUCGAUACAUCCUGAUGACCAAUAUGUCGGGACAUCUGCUUCUCCAGCACGGCUCGGAGGUCUUGCAAAGCAGAAACGAUCAUGCAAAGUACGCCGUCAAGGUCGUUGUACAUGAAGAAUUGGACGACACGGGUUCUGCAAGGGUCUUCUGGGUUGCUACCGCUGGUUGGGACGCGACUGUCUUCUUAUACCGAAUGACUAUCCCUGGAGAUCAGGCUUCGACGCCUGUCAUCGGUGACCCCGCUGCACGCAUCAAAUUGGCUACAAACCCAGAGUCCCUGCUGUUCGUGCGCCACGUCGAUACUGGCGAUUUACUGCUCCUUGUCUCGCGUCGUGACUCGAGCUAUAUCUACUAUUACCAGGUAGAGUCAAGCCUUCAGGACAGUACAGAGCAGACCGACAGCGGCAAUCCGCAAAACUCACCACGCGAAUGUCGACUACUUGGACAGCAAAAUUUGGCGCCACACUCUAACGCCUGGGUAGCUUUCUCUCCAUCUCACAUGGCACUCAGCCCACUCGACCCAGGCCUACUUGCAGUGGCGACAUCUUCAGAACCACAUAUGAAGGUGAUCAUAGUUCGCCUACUUUUCCCAUCGACCAUUUCUCCCAAUACAACUGCUCCAGAUGCGGCCGUGACGCAAGCGUCACAGGCCCUCGAAGCCCUGGCCCUGCAGAAUCGGGAAGAUGCCGCGAUCUUGAUACAGGCGAACACAUUUGCUCCUCAAACGUCCUACUCGACGCCGCAAGUGGCUUGGCGGCCUGAUGGGUCUGGUGUUUGGGUCAAUGGGGAUGACGGGGUGGUGAGAGGUAUCGAAAUUAAGACCGGGAAGGUAGUUGCCCUGCUGAAAGAUGGCCAUGAGCCGGGGAGCAAGGUGCGGACUAUCUGGGCUGGAUACGUGGCCGUGCCUAAUAAUGGUGAUGAUGCGAAGGAGGAAUGGGUGAUCAGUGGUGGAUUUGAUAAACGGUUGAUUGUUUGGAAAGUAUAA